CUCAGCCAUUUUCAACCAUUUAACACCUUUUCCUUCAAUCUUUAUCCUUUUCAUCUUUGCCCCAACAAUUUAGCUGAUACAGAGUUUCAUAGUUAACCUCUUAAGCUGACUUAUCCUCGCCCUCUUCAUCUUCCCUCAAUUUUUCAUUUUUUUAAAAAAACAUUAGUUUCAGUGUAAUAACCAGUUAGUUACUUUCCCUGGUAUCAACCGUUUCUUUCAACCCUCAACAUCUUGAACCAGACAAAUUACCUUCGACCAUUUCUGGUUUGAUUUCAUUAUUUCAUUUUACACCUUGUGAAUCAUUUGAAAUCAUGAUUAUGAGACAAAUUAUGCGCUAUCUUAUAAUUUGGUGUUACUAUUUACUUUCGCUAAUCAACAUUUAGUACCAGUUUUUGGUCAACUUACAACUUGACACUUUCCUCUCAAUCAAUCCUUUUUCAGUUCAUUUUUACUCGCUUUUUGUAUUCAUGUUUAAUCAAAAUCAUGGUUUCUUGAAUUGUCCUAGUUGUUUAUUUAACAAAACACACCAUGGAAACUGAUUUACAUGGAUGAAUACGUUGAAAUAUCGGAAAGAAAGACAAGAGAAGAUAUUCACCUUCAUCAUCUUCACCAUCUUCACCAUUCUCAUCAUAAUCAUCUUUGUUUAUCCAGUAAUUCGAGUAAUCCUUCAGUGUGCCAAGGAUCAGGCCAUUAUCAUAUUCAUCCUCAUGUUCAACCAUCACCCUCAACAUCCUCAACACCAUUGUCACUACAAUCAACAAAACCAGUUUUACUGUCAUCAAAUCAAUUUCCAGUGAAUCCAUUGUCAACCUCAGUUACUACCGUAGCAUCUUCCGUCCAUCGAACCAAAGCACAUUUAGGUUCACCCAUUGGUUCACUUUUCAGAUCUUUCAUUUCUUGGCCUUUGGAUAGUCAACUAAUCACGAGUAUCAUUAUGAUUGAUGUUUUCAAAUCACUACGAACUUUGUUUAAAAUAAGUCGAGUUCACAUUGAUAACAGUCUAUUGCGACUUCACUAUUCAUUAACAGUUACACUUUUACUUGCCUUUUGUGUUGUUGUUACAACUAAACAAUAUGUUGGUGAUCCAAUUGAUUGUAUUAAGGAUGAAAAUAUUCCUCAAUCAGUGAUUAACACCUAUUGUUGGAUCCAUACAACUUACACUAUUCCCAGAGCUUUGGCUCGAACUGGAUCCAGAGGACUUCCUCAUCCAGGUAUUGACAGCACUCAGGAUGAAGCUGAAUUCAGAUACCAUAAGUAUUAUCAAUGGGUAUGUUUUGUGUUAUUCAUCCAAGCAGCUCUGUUUUACAUUCCAAGAUGGCUUUGGAAAAUGUGGGAAGGCGGAAAAAUAGCUACCUUAAUGAUGGAUUUAGAUGUUGGUAUAUGUACCGAUACAGCAAAGCGCCAAAAAAAGAAACUCUUAGUGGAUUAUCUUACGUCAAGUAAAGGCUAUCAUGACUGGUAUGCUGCUAGGUUUUUCUUUUGUGAAAUAUUAUUUUUUGCAAACGUAGCUGGUCAAAUGUAUAUGUUGGACAAAUUUUUUGAAGGUGAAUUCCUUCGAUAUGGUAUCGAAGUGAUUCAAUUUUUCCAAAUGGAUCAAGAAGACCGGGUUGAUCCUAUGACCCGAAUAUUCCCUAAAGUGACCAAAUGCCGUUUCUAUAAAUACGGACCAUCAGCUGGAUUAAUUUCAAUUGAUGCCCUCUGUCUUUUACCUUUAAAUAUCAUUAACGAAAAGAUUUACAUCUUCAUUUGGUUCUGGUUUUUUACACUCACCUUUUUAACUGGAAGCAUGAUUUUGGUGCAUCUAAUUGUAAUUGCCUGUCCACCAGUUAGAGUUUAUCUACUUAAUAUGCAAUUCCGUUUAUCCCAACUUGACCAUCUUCAUACAAUUGUGAGACGAACAUCAAUUGGUGAUUGGUUUCUGUUGUAUAUGCUGGGACAAAAUAUUGACCCAGUCGUGUUUAAAGAGGUUCUUGAAGACUUGGCAACAUCCAGUGACUCCCAGCCUAAAGAAUCAUCACUCAGCUGAUAAAUUGUUUUCAUCUUUGUACCAUUUCUAUCAUCCUUGCCCAUGAUACUAACCGUCCAUUGGUAAACCUUCAAGUGGUCUUAAUAUAUGUGCCUUUACAAUUAACCAAUCCCGUUGAAAUUUGAAAUUUUCUGGCCUCAAGUUACCAUCAGCCUUAUGACUACUUUUUAUAUAAACUGAAAUUGUUUUUAUUCAAUUUGAAUAUCCAUCCGAUGAUAUCUUUUAAUUUUAAUUUCACCCAAGGAUCCAUGUGUAUAUAUUUCAACCAAUUGUGUCCAUUUGUUUCUCAUAAUGUGCCUCAAACUGAUUUUAAUUUAACUCGUUUGCUUUUACUGGAAGUCACUUUUGGUCCAUCAGCUGAACCUUUUGCUUUUGUAAUUUCAAUUUUCUCAGUCAUUUAUUCUGGUCAUUGAUCAUUCUCUAACUUGAGCUUGCCUCACUUACCAAAAAGCUACUUGUCAGCCUUCUUGUCCUGCCAAAUUUGUAAUCCAAAUUUGUAAUCCAAAUUUUUGUAUUGAUCAGUUUAAAU